AUGACUCGGCGAUUCAUUUUAGAGGGGAAGGUCCCGAUACAAAAUGUCCGCGGCAGCGGCGCCGGUCCCGCGGCUGUCUCCCGCAUUCCGGCUGCGGGACGGAGCCGAACGCACGUGUCGGGCCGGGACGUGAAGGCGCAGUGCGGCGGCGGCUCGGCGAGGGAAGGGCGAGCCGCUCUGGAGCGGGGGGGACCGGCGCGGCUCCUCCGCUCCGCCGCCGCCAUGGCGGGCGCGGCCCCCGGCCCGGAUGAAGGCGCGGCGGCGUGCGUGGAGGGCGAACGGCCGUCCGUCUCGGCGGCGGCGCUGGCGCGGAUGGAGCGGAACCGGCGGCGGGCGCUGGCGCUGCGGCAGGCGCGGCUGACGGCCCGACCUUACCCCGCCGCAGGCGGCGUGCGGGCGCGGGGCCCCCCCAAGGUCGUGGACACGGGAGGGGGCUUCUUCCUGGAGGAGGAGGAGGAGGAGGAGGAGCAGCGCGGCGCCGCCGAGAGGAUCGUGCAUCCCCCCGCGCCCGUGCUAGAAUUUGACUAUCUCAUCUGUGGAGACUGUGGCAAAGAAUUCAUGGACUCGUACCUAAUGCAGCACUUUGAUUGGGCCACGUGUGAUAAUUGCAGAGAUGCUGAAGAUAAACAUAAGCUCAUCACAAGGACAGAAGCAAAAGAAGAGUAUCUUCUGAAAGACUGUGACUUAGAUAAGAGGGAACCGGUGCUUAGAUUCAUUGUGAAGAAAAACCCUCAUAAUCCUCGGUGGGGUGACAUGAAACUUUACUUAAAACUGCAGGUAAUCAAGCGUGCUCUGGAAGUGUGGGGGAAUGAGGAAUCCUUGCAAGAAGCAAAGGAGCAGCGCCGUGACAGCAGAGAGAAGAUGAAACAGAAGAAGUUUGAUAAGAAAGUGAAAGAGCUUCGCCGUGCAGUGAGGAGUAGUUUGUGGAAGAAGACAGCCAGUAUCCAUGAACAUGAAUACGGACCAGAAGAAAGCGUUGAUGAAGAAACGUACAGGAAGACGUGUACGGUGUGCGGCCACGAGUUAACUUACGAAAAGAUGUAAUGCUAAUUUGUUUGUUGAAAUUCAUUACCAUCAUUUUUAAUCAUAUUCUUUAUUAAAGAAAUGGCAGUUGGGAACAAGCUGUUAGCAAGCUCCAUGAAUAAUACAGUCAGUUCUGUACAGAAGAAGGUUAGGCUUCCCAGCUACAUCUUAGGGGAGAGCAUGCCCAUUUUUAACAGGCUGGAAAUGGCUGCCUUGUGGGACGAGAAGUUGGCGUUUUACCCUCGUUUUACAUGCUGAUGAAAUUUAAACAAGGUAGAUUUCCCUCUACUCUUCCUUCAGUCAGAGCUGAAGGAAGUCUCUGUAUUUGCACCAGCUGUUAGCUGAUGUCAGCUCCCAUAUGUCUCAGGCAGCCAGUUCCUAAGCGCUGCCCAGGUGGUUGCAGAGCGUGCUGCCAGGCUGGCUCUCCCUGCGGGUGGAGAUGGAGACCUCCAGCUUGAUGGAGGGAGGUGUCCUGUUUUGGGAUUGUUAAAGCAAAGCACCGUGCUGACACAGUCAGGUUGCUGCCAUGUUCUAUACUAUAAAGGCUUAAGUAUCCUUCACUGAUUUCUUCUCAAGUUUUGGACCAAAAAGAUGACUCUUACAGUAAAAGCGUAUCUUCCUUUACCA